AUGGGAAUCCCUACUGAAGUAGUUGGCAGCCUCCCGCGCCCAACCUACCUGCAGCAGGCCUAUGCUGAUUACGACGCGGGCAAGAUCCAGCAAGAUGAUCUAUUCAAGGCACAGGAUAAAGCGGUAGAGGACUCAUUGUCCCAAAUGUCUCAGACAGGCGAGACCCUCAUUACAGAUGGCGGGCAGAGAGCAAGUUCCUUCGCAACAUGUCCGAUUACCAACACACUCAGCGGAACGGGUCUUGCUGAGGGACUUGCUGCUGAUGGCCAGUACUUUGUGCGUCCUAGAUUCCAAAAGCUGGUGCUUCACCUAACAACGAGGAGGCAAUCUUCGACGACGCCCCCAUCGUCGUCAACUGCCAAGGCACGUCAAAGGAUCAUUCAAGUCUGCAAUCAAUAUCGCUGUAAACCAGCUCCCCUGACUUACAAGUUUAGAUACAAGACAUAUGCCUAUGAUAACUUCAAGAAGUCACACCCUUAUGCUAAAGGCGUUCCCAUGAAGCAGGCUGUCAUUGCUCCUAGCAUGCUUUACCUUUUGUGCCCUCUCAAUGGCACUUGUGAGAAAGAUAUUCGGGGAUGCUUUGAGGCCGGUGCGAAGCGUGUAUCUAUUGACUUCACUGAAGCAACGCAGGCUUUCGUGACCGGUGUGGGGAGUAAUACCCCAAGGGUCCCGGCAACCGCUCUCGACCCAAUCUUGGAUGCUAUAGCGAAAACAAGACGCGACGGCGGACAGGUCUACAAGUGUCAUAAGGUCUGGUUGGCGCUUGUCAUGGGCAUCUCGUUCGCUCUGGAGGCGGCGACCAUCGCGACAUUUCCACUCCGGUGGAACACGAGACUACCAGAUUUCUUGGGCUAUGCGAGCUCGUGGACGAUGGAGAACUGGCACUGUGAGAGGGAGGAGCUGGCGGAGAGCUCGGCGCUCGAUGCGCUCGAGAGGGCAAGACGGAUGGGGGAUAACAGAUUUAGGACUGCGAAUGGUAGGGAGGGGAUGGAGGUUAGGCAUUUGGCGCUUGUACCGGUUGGUGGGAUGAGAGAUAGGAGAGGGAGAGAGAAGAGGAAAAGGAACAGUGAGGGGCCUACUGGUUUGAAAAGGGAGACUAUAUAA